CGCAGGCUGACGACGAUAAACCACCUCAUUUCGACAUCACGAACAUAUUGGAACCUGGAGAGAAACAGAGAACAUCGAUGUCUUGAUAAAAGGUGGUAUUUUGCAGCCCGAGACACGCAGUGACAGUAUUCUGCGCAAGGGUGUCAACAACGAUAUUCUGGGUCACUUUGGAAUCAGGACGAAGACGACAACAUGCCUCGCGUUUCGAGUCAGUCUGGCGGAAGGCCUUCUCGCCAGGCCGUUGUGGUGAACAUGGCGCGCGAAAAGACCAAAGGUUCACCGAUGAAAUUGGCGCUCAACGACGACCGAGGCGAAAAGGCCGCGCGCCUCCAGUCCCGACAGGCCCUACAAGAAAUCCACAUGAACGAGAUCCGCGCCGCCGCGAGCCCCGUACGGAAACUCAACCAACACCGCGACCGCGAAAGGAGAGAGACGAACCAUAGCAGGGAUAUGUCCGAGUCGCCUCGGACGCCGCGCACGAGUGAUGCGCAUCUGCGGAAGAAGGUUGCGCUGCAUCGCAGACAGAGUCAGCAGAAUCAGAAAGGGAAUACCAGUCCCAGAGGAGACAAUGUGACACCGAUGAAGCGCGUGCCGAUCCUUGCCAAUUUUGAAGAGUGGAUGAAAAUGGCGACGGACAAUAAGAUUAACGCAGCGAACUCCUGGAACUUUGCGCUGAUCGAUUACUUCCACGACUUGAGCCUGCUGAAGGAGGGCGAUGGCGUCAACUUUCAGAAGGCGAGCUGUACGCUUGACGGCUGCGUGAAGAUCUAUACGAGUCGUGUGGACAGCGUGGCUACGGAGACGGGACGAUUACUCAGUGGCCUUGCGGAUGGUGCGCAGGAGGGCAAGAAACGAGGAAAAGCCGAUGGUGAAGGGGAAGACGGCGAUGAAGAUGGCGAGGAUGAUGAGGAGGGUGAAGAUGGCGAGGGUAAGAAAAAGAGCAAGAAGAAGCCUGCACGAAGUCACGAAGCGACGCUUGCGCCGAGUUUUGCGAGUUUCCAAGGCAAGAAACUGGAGCUGGAGUUUGCGGUCGACCCGCUGUUCAAGAAGGCUUCGGCGGACUUUGAUGAAGGAGGGGCUAAGGGUCUCUUACUGAAUCAUUUGUCCAUCGACUCGGAUGGGCGUAUUGUGUUUGAUAGUAGUGAUGACGCCGGUGAUGCGGCGCUGACGGCCGACAAGGGGAGUGCACAAGAAGACAUCAACGAUGACAACGGAGAUGAUGAAGCGGACGUCGCAGUAGCGGAAGCCACGAAAGCAGCAACAACAGAAAGCGAAGAGCUUUUGGAAUCUUGCACCCCAACAGAAGAGCAGGAUGAAGAGAUCGAUCUCGGUGCCCUGGCGAGCAAAUUCUUCCCCGAUUUGGGCUUGCUGGACAGUCAGGAUAUUUGUCCAUCGAUGAAAGCCUUUACACUGGGCGACCCAUCAGGAGACUUGAACAUUCCAUUCCUGAAAGCUCCAGACGACUGGCGCGAACAAAAGAAGGGAGCUGCGACACCUGCACCACCUACGAUAGACGGCAACAUCAAUCUGUCCGACCAGACGGGUAUCUUCCUGGACGGUAGCAAUGCUAUGGGCUUCGAUGAUGACGACGAUGACGGCGGUCUUCUCGGUGGCUUCGACGUAGCCGAUAAUGUCGGUUUCGGCGAGGGUGGCGAAGCAUGGGCGAAAGAUGCGGCCGUCGACGCGCAAACCCGAGUUGUUCGAGCCGAAGAUAUUGACGACAAUCUGAUCGAGGGAAAUGAAGGCGCGUAUGCAAUGUCUCUGCAACACAAAUACCAGGAAGAUGCUGAGCAUGAGAGCAUUAUGGCGUACUUCGACAAGGCAUUCAACUCGAGAGCGAAGGGCAGAACGGCAUUUAUGACGCUGGAGAACUGGCGGAUACAGAAGAUUCAGAAGGCGCAGCUGGCUGAAAACGCCCCUCCGACAAGACAAAGAAAAGAGAAGGAGCCGUUUGAGAUUGACUUCCUAGGCCCGAUGUCAGAAUCACUGAAGGAGUUGCUGGAAGCUCCCGCCGUGCUGAAUUCGCAGAUUAGUCUGCCGAAGACGCAGUGGAAGACGAAGGGCCGGAAUCUGCUGGAUAAGGAUGACGAGGUCGUCGACCCGAGGAAACUCAUGAGACUGUGGACGAAGCCCAAGUGCAGGGUUGGCCGACAAAAGGGCAAGAUGGCUGUGAUUGAUGAGGGUUUCGGGGCGAGGAAUCGUCUUGCGACGGUCAACGGUGGCCGAGAAGGGGACGAGCUUGAUGAGGAUGAGGACGGUCGGAAGGGUGAUUAUGAUGCCGAUUUCUUCGCGGAUGAUGAUCAGAUGCCUUUCUUUGAUGGGCCAUUGCCGAUUGAUGACGACGACGAUGGGCUAGGUGUGGGUGAUGGAGGAGAAGACGGACAGGCCUUCAUGGAUGCCAGGGAGAUGUUGAGUCCGCAGCCGGAAGGGCAGCAGCAGAUGAAUCUGUUGGGCGCGGUUGAUGGCGAACUGGAGGCGGAUGGGCCUCAACCACAGCAGCCAACAGACUCACAGGCACAGACACAAUAUGAACUCCUACCUGGCAGUUUUGGAAGUCAACUCGUCACGCAGGCCGGGCGGCGGCUGAGACCAGAGUAUGUCAACUAUGCAAGGACCGCGAAAAAGGUCGACGUUCGACGGUUGAAGGAGAACAUGUGGAAAGGAAUGAGUGAGAAGUUGGCAUUGAUUAACGUCUUUGAGCGACCGGCGGCGCAGACGGAGAAAGUACAGCAAGAGCAGCAACAGUCUGUCAUCGACGAAGAUGUCGAUAUGAUGGACGUGGACGAUCCGUCCCAAGGACAGCUCCAGGGUGAGCUGCAGCAGCAAGUUGAUGGCUUGAUUGGGCAAGAACAAGGUCCGGAAGGGGAGGUGCUGAAUUUCACGGAGCUGAUCCAGGAUUUGCGCUCGGUCUACCCGGAGCAGCAGAUGAAGGAUAUCAGUACGAGUUACUGCUUCAUUUGUCUGCUGCACUUGGCCAACGAGAAGGGUCUGGUGCUCGAGGGGGAUUUGGAGGGCGAGAGAGCCAUGCAAGAAAUCAGAGUGUCGAGGGAUGGUACCGUCGGAGAGGGAUAUGAAGGGGAGUGAUUGGACUUCAUGUUUCUUCCUUGAUGUGAGAAAUUGAGGCCCUCGCAUGUUGUGUGUGCUUUGGCGAAGAAAGGCUUUUUGUGUGCCAGCAGCCAUGAAUGUGCAAGGAGUCGAGGUUUUGCCUGGCAUACGGAGUACUUCCCCAUGACCACUGCAUUGGGACGGUGCAACAUGUCUUUUGUAUAUCAGAUUCAGAUGGGAGUUUUUGAGAGUGCUUGAAUGAUGAUGACUCGUUACGUAGUAA